AUGGAAACUACAUUCGAGGGUAUUAAAUUGAAAGCGGAUAAUGAAAAAUCAGAAGUGAUACAAGAAGUAGCUUACAAUAGCACAGAACUAACAAGUUCUCAAAUAGAGAUAAAAAUUGAUUCUGAUUUGGAAGAUAAGCUUAAAGAUAAAGUUUCAUUAGUGUUCAGAUUUAUUCCUAAACUUACAUUUUCUGUACAUGUCAAAGUCAUUGACGAUGAAGAUUUUUAUAAAAUUGGCAUUUCUUAUAAAUCACACAAAUAUGAAGGUUAUGCUAUUCCCAAUAUGAUUUAUCCAGGAAUAGUAAUAUGUAAGGACUGGAUAAAUAAAAAAGAAUCCGAUGAAAAAGAAUCCAAUGAAAAAAAUCUUCAAAUCCAAAUCGGACCUAUAGUUCCAAAAGAUGAUAGCAUUAUAAAGAUUUUUGCAAAAUAUGAUCACAAAUGGCAAGAUGAUGAUUCGGAUGAAUUGAAUAUUUUUGAACAGAUCAUUCAUAAAAAGGAAACACACCGUCAAAAACCUCAUGAUGAUAUUAGUGAUGUGAAAGUUUCGGAUGGUGAUAUCGAAAAGGCUUGCAAAUAUUACAAAGAAAUGACUUUUUAUGAUCAUAAAGUAGAAAAUCUUGUUCAUAAUGCCAUGUCUAAGAAUAAUUGUAUACCUCCAAAAGAGAAACUUAUUAGACCAAAAUCUCAAUCAAAGCACAAUCAAACAGACAAAAAGGAAAGUAAAUCUAUCAAAUCAGAUCAAACUUCAGAGAAAAGCAGUCCAUCAAAAUCUCAUCAUAAGCACAAUCAAACAGACAAAAAGGAAAGUAAAUCUAUCAAAUCAGAUCAAACUUCAGAGGAAACGUCAAAAAGAUCAAGUUCGUCUCAUCAUAAAAAUCAUAGACCUCAUAAAUAA